AUGCAGUGGACCUUUAUUUCAACCUAUAUUAUAACAUUUUCAGAUGGAUUGUACUACCUGACAACUGCUAACGGCAUGGUCUAUCAGACUUUCUGUGAUAUGACUACUGCGGGAGGCGGCUGGACUCUGGUGGCAAGUGUCCAUGAGAACAGCGUUUAUGGAAAAUGCACAGUGGGCGACCGCUGGUCCAGCCAACAGGGCAACAAUGCUAACAUACCAGAUGGAGAUGGGAACUGGUCCAAUAGAAACACCUUUGGAACAGCAGAGAGUGCCACUUCAGAUGAUUUUAAGAAUCCAGGUUACUAUGAUAUAGUAGCAGAAGACAUGUCUGUGUGGCACGUUCCCAACACCUUCCCACUGGAGCACUGGAACCUGGCAGCCAUCCUCCGCUACCACACUAACAACCGCUUCCUCCGUCUGUACGGGGGGAACCUCUUUAAGCUCUUCAAGCAAUAUCCAGUGAGAUACAACGUUGGCUCGUGCAGCAACAGAGGGCCAGCUAUUCCCAUUGUGUAUGAUCAUGGAGACAGAGAGUCCACCAGAAACUUAUAUGGAGCCAAUGCAAGAAGGGAAUUUGAAGCAGGUUUCAUCACCUUCAGAGCAAUAAACAAUGAACGUGCAGCCAUGGCUUUCUGCUCUGGGGUUAAACCAACUGGAUGCCACACAGAACAUUACUGCAUAGGAGGAGGUGGAUACUUCCCUGAAGGAAACCCUAGACAGUGUGGAGACUUCCCAUCAUUUGACUGGGACGGAGUGGGACAGUCACAACAUUGGAGCGCCUCCAAAGAGAUGACUGAGGCGGCUGUUUUACUCUUCUACCGCUGAUGGCAAAACCACAUCAUAGCUGUCUGAAAAUUACAUUUUUGGAUGGAUAAAAAAAGUCUGUUUCUGUAUUGUAGCCUUGCAUUUACACACAAAACAGACCUGGUACUGCUGAUACUGGUACUGAGUGUAAUUUGAAAUGAAGCCACACACCAACAAAUGACACUACUGAACUUCAUAUUCAAAUAAUUUGGA